UUUGAUCCUAGGGACGCGUGAAGAAAAGUAUGACGUCUUCUCUUGGUCAACCCUUUGGAUUCUACACCAACUCUCUUCCAGACAUUGGACGAUGCCUCGCGAGUCGUCAGGAAAAGAAUUCAGGCAAGCUCAUUUCUAUCGUCCGUUCCUGGUGACCUCGCUGCAAGAAUUGAAGAGGUGCUCAAGAUGGAGAUGUUCUUCUCUGCAAUUCUGAGCGACCUUACCAGCAGAUCCGUGUCUUUCCUGAUCGACAAAUGCUCGAGGCCGACCGCGGCGCCGUCGGUGGAGGAGACGCUGGACAGCCUGCAGAGGCUUCUCCUCAGGGUUGGCGUUGUCGUCGAGGAGGCGGAGGAGCGGCUCAUCGCGAACCAGGCGAUGUUGCGGCAGCUGAACCGGCUAAGGACGGAGAUGUACAGAGGGUACCACACGCUUGACACCUUCAGAUGCCAAGCUCAAUGGGACAAGGCCAAAGAUCACCAAGUGAGUCCCUCCCCUACCCCAUCUAGGUUCAAUCCUGCCAAGCGUGUCUGUUUCUGCAAUGGUAGCAGUUCAAGUGAACAGGAGAAGCUCAAUGAAGUGAUUGGGUGCCUAGAGCUCACCAUUAGAGAUGCGAGUGAGCUUGUUGUGUUCCUGACCGGAUGCCCUCGCCUGUACCGCCAACCGUACAGCAUGUACCUGCUUCUGGAGAAGUCCAUGUUCGGUCGCCAAAUGGAGAUGGAGCAAAUCAUGGACUUUCUGUUGGAGGCAGAGGCGCCCAUUGAUGGAAAUCCAGGUGUUCUACCGAUCAUUGGCCCGGGAAAGGUUGGGAAGAGCACCCUAAUUGAGCAUGCUUGCAACGACGAAAGGGUUCGUAACCACUUCUCUCAGAUCUUGCGUUUCAGUGAAGAUAGUAUAACGGAUAAAAUGACCGCAGUAACUCUUUGUGAUUGUGGUGUGAUCAAGCAUAACAACCGUGACAUUGGAAGUGAAAGGAUACUGGUCAUCAUCGAGCUAACCGGGGACAUCGAUGAAGGUGUGUGGAGGAAAUUGCACUCUGACUGCAAACAUUACACUGCAAUUGGAAGUAAGAUUAUAGUCGCUAGCCGAUCGGACAAGAUUGCGAGGUUAGGAACCACACAAGACUUGAGAGUACAAUUCUUCAGUAAAGAAGCGUAUUGGUAUUUCUUCAAGGUGCGUACGUUUGGAAGCACGGACACGGAGGACCACCCGAAACUGGCAUCAUUAGCCAUGGACAUGGCACGGGAGAUGAACGGGUGCUUCUUCGGUGCGAGCGCUUUCAGCGUGCUGCUGAAAGCGAAUUUCAACGCCCACUUCUGGAGCGUGGCUCUUGCAAGCAUCAAAGAGUUCAAGCGGACGAAUCUCUUGCUCUUCGGUGCGCAUUUCGCCGAUCCUUGGCAGAUUGUCGACCCGAUAUAUGUCCGAAGAGUGAACAAAACGUCUUCUGAAUAUUUUGUGAUUCUUGAUGAUUAUCAAACGGGUUCUGUGCAGAACUCGGCUCAAAGUGAAGCACCCAACAUGAGUAUCAGAGAUCUCCUCUUCGGACGUGUUAGGCCUCAUGGGAGAUUCAAGGUUCUUGCAUGGAGGUCACAUAUACCACCUCACUACAGCUACAUGCUACACUGCGAGAUGCGGAGGCCUCAGCGUACGGUCUCCAGGAAGAAGAGGAUUCAAGAGACCACGAGCUGAUCAUCUUGUUGUCUCUCAAGGUGUUGUAUUGUCACGUGACUCAUAUAUGAUAGGUAAUCUAGAAGCUCAA